AUGUCGAACGGAGUACACACCAAUGGACUGCUGAAACCAAUGCAUCUGCAAGUCCAAGGGCCGGGCCUGCUGCAAGGACAACAGCAAGGUGGACCGCAACUGGGAAUACAACCGCCACCACAACAACAACAACCUGCAAACUAUACCCUUCCAGGAAUCAUUAAUUAUUUGACAUCUGAAUUCACCAAUCUAGAAAGAUUCAAAAUCGUCAAUAACUUGGAGAAAUCCGAGAUGAAACACAAGAUCAAUCAACUUCAAGGAGAAUUGAAUGCUAUCAAAUACAUAGAAGAACGUCAAAGAUACCAGAUCAUGUUACUUAAUAAUGAGAACGAAUUACUCAAGAGGAGCCUUAGAGAAAAACUGAAUGGUCUAGAAACGGAACUUGACACAUCGCACACAGGGGUAUCGGAAACUUCCCAACCCCCAGACUUACCAGAAAUCGAUUUACUGGUGGUCAAGAAAUCCCGCGAGCAACUUUCAAAGGCAAUGAAAGAAGUGGUUUACCUUCUUAGAACCCCAUCUCCAAAUGGAUACAAUUAUUUGAAUCUUCCAGAUCCAACCACUGGAGUUGCAGAGGGUCAGAACUUAAGCAACCAAUAUGAUGAAUUAUUUAGCACACCAAUACCAAAUGAAGAAGAUUCUGAACUUCAACAACAACUGAUUGGAUCUGAAACGUCAAUAAAGGAAAGUUUGGAAGAAUCGAAGCGUAUCAAUCAUUCUGGAAUUUCUAAAUAUUUCGAUGAUUCCGAUACUACAAGGAGUAAUAGUAAAUUCACAAAUCCUGAAUCUGUGGAUGAAUUCAUGGCAAAUGAUCUUUUUGGGGAAGUUGCCAAAUUGGAAAGUAAAACAAUUGGUAAUACCACUGAUCGUAUCAAGAAUAUGACUAUUGACGAAGAAAGCAUACCAGAAGAUUUAUAUUCAGGAGCUAAUGAAAGUGAAGCAGACACGAUUAUUUACGAUAAUGAUGAUGAUGAAGAUGAUGAUGAUGACGGAGGGUUUGGUUUCAAUUCAAAAGAUAAAUUGAAUCAAAGUAAUGUAGAUGUGGGAUCAUCCGAAAAGCAUAGUACACGUAGUGAUUCGAGAUAUGGUCACAUUGUUUCUACUAUUUCCCCAGGAUAUACUUUAUUCAGAGUGUUCCAGGGUAAUGAUGAUGGGAACUUACUUCUGUAUGUUAACUACAAUCAUAAAUCGGGCCCCGGUGUGGUAUUAUUACGCAUUUAUGAUACUAUUCUUAAGAAGAAUAUUGUUUCUACAGAAAUCGACUUACCUGAAACUGUUUCGCAUAUUUUAUCAAUCUACCAUGUCUUCCAAGCACUGGGGGUAAAUCAAUUGAUUAUUGUUUAUACUAAUGGUAAUAUUGCAUCAGUUAAAGUCACAUCUGAUAGUAAGAGUACACACAAUUACAUUUUGAAUUUACAUGGUAAAGUUCAUUCUACCGCUUUCACUGAAUUCACUCAAAAGAGUGAGAUAAGUAAAAGAUACUAUGGAUUAACUUUUACUCUUCAUGGGGCUCAUAAGCAACUUCGAGUUUGUGAGAUUAGUGCAGACAUUAAUGAAGUCAAUUUGUAUGAAAUUGGAAUUCAUAAGUAUUCAUACUUUACGAAUUUGCUUGAAGAAAAUAGUGACCUGGAAGAAUUUGAAGCAGUUCAUUGGUAUUACAACAAUAGUUUGAAACAUUUGAGUGGAGUAGAUACUCCACCGGUGAACUCUGCUACACAUAAAUCCAAAAACAAAUCUAAUGGUAAAAAGGAACAUCUUCUUGACCAAUCAAUUCAACCAUAUGAAGUGAUUUUGCAAGUUUCAGGAUAUUUAAUGAAAAUGAAUAUGAUCCUGAAGAAUGUUGAGAAAUUUGAGUUUAAAACAUCACCUAAACUUGAAAAUGAAUUAGGAUUACUUUAUAGUGGUCAUUAUGCACUUUGUACAGGUAAGGGAGGAGUUGAUAUAUUUGACAUUGGCCAAUGGAAAAUUAUACCAGGUAAUCAUAUGUUAAAUAAUGAAAGUGUAAUCAAUUUGGUGGCAUUGGUGAAACGUGGACAAUUGAAGAUUAUCAACAUUGGAACUACUGGAAUUGUAACAAUAAUUGAUCCCCUGUCAAAGUCCAAGACCCCGUUGAAAUCUUUGAAUGGGAAACUUAUUCGUUCAGGUAAUACUUUGGUUGUCGUUGACGAAACUUCAUUUGAAGUGUUGGAUGUAUAG